CUCGCCUUGCCCAAAUCCGGGCACACAUCCCUCCUGAAGUCCUGAUCCCUUCUCUCUCUCGCGCGCGCUCGUGCUCCCUGCGUCUGCGUGCAGCUUCCCGGCUCCCCCACUCACCGCUGCAGGCUCCGUCCGGCGACGUCGCUCACUCACUCACUCACCGGCGGCGGCAACAUGACUACUUCAAGGCGCCUUGCUGACAGGAAGACUGCCAAGUUCCAGAAGAACAUCACCAGGAGGGGUUCCGUCCCUGAGACCACUGUUAAGAAGGGAAAUGACUACCCUGUUGGCCCUGUAGUGCUCGGGUUCUUCAUCUUUGUCGUCAUUGGAUCAUCGUUGUUUCAGAUUAUCAGGACGGCGACCAGCGGUGGGAUGGCUUAAAAGCCUUGUCACAUCUAAUCCCCAGUCUAGAGAUCUGUUUGUUAUACUUGCAUCCAACUAGAAUUGGGUAGCAGCUAAAAUAUCAUGUGUCACUGCAUCCUGUAUUCCAUUCAUCUGGUGAUCCUUGAGUCUGGAACUGAACUGUAAAGCAGAAUCAUGUACCUUAUAUCCUUAUAUAAAGUGAUAAUUGGAUAGUACUACAGUGUUUCAUUUAAUCUCCCUGGUGAUGGAUUUUUUU